GCCGGAAGCGCCGGCGACGCGGAAGUAGCGGGAGCGGGAGGUCGAUGCCGCGCUCGCCGCCCCGCCGGCCCUCGGGCCUCGGCCCCUGGCGGGACCUGCUGCCCGGGGCCCGGAUCCGCCGCGGCGCCGCUGGCGGCCGCCUCUUCCUCUACCUGCCGCGGGAGCGCCGGCUGCUGGGCCUGGAGCUGGAGCCGGAGCCCCGGGCCGGAGCCGGGCCGCUGGACCGGCGGCUGCCGCCCGCCGAGCAGCUGCUGGAGGUGCUGGAGCUGGGCGGCGGCGGCCCGCCGACCCCCGGGCCCGUCCCCGUCCUCCUCCUCACCCCGCUGGGCCGCGCCGAGCUCUGGGUCCCGGCCGCCGCCGGCUGGAGGCUGCAGCGGGACUUCCAGCUGUGCCACAGCCCCCGGGCCAGGGUGCUGGCGGCCGCCUGGGACGGGCACUCGGUCACCUGGUGCGAGGAGAGGCCGAGCAGCCAGAGCCGGCAGUACUGCGUCUGUUCCCGCAGCCUCGGGCCCGGCCUGGCCUUCGACGCUGCCCGCAUCGUCCUGCACAACAGCCCGGCCUGCCGGCUGCUCGCUGCCGGGGACGCCGUCUACCUGCUGCCCGGUAACGCGCCCGGCAACGGCCUGAGUCACGGCCCUGGCAACAGCCCCAUCCCUGGCAACUGUCCUGGCAACGGCCCCAUCCCUAGUAACUGUCCUAGCAACUAUCCUAGCAACAGCCCCAUCCCUGGCAACUAUCCCGGCAACAUCCCCAUCCCUGGCAACUGUCCUAGCAACAGCCCCAGCAACAGCUCCAUCCCUGGCAACUGUCCUCACAACAGCCCCGUUGGUGACAACCGCCACGGCAACAACACCCGCUCCUGCCGCACGAGUAACCUGGACAAGCUGAUCCUGAUCUGGAGACCGCAGGCGGACACCUGGACCCUGGCCAGCCUCGCCCGUGGCCCGCUGCUCACCAAGCGACUGUCACCCCCGGACACCGACUUCAGGAAGCUGGUGGCAGACGCCGUGGGUCUGCUGCCCGGCCUACCAACCCUGGACCUGUGGGCGGUCAACACGUCCCCAGCUGGGCUGCUGGCUGCUGCCGCCGGCAACGGGGAGAUCAGCCUGGUGCGAAGCGACGGGACGGUGCGGCUGCUGGGCCCGGGGCCGCCGGCCGAGGCCUUGGGGGAGAGGCUGCUGAUGGAGCUGAGCGGCAGCACCCUGGCCUGGGCCCUGGGCAGGACGGUGCAGCUGCUGGACACAGAGACGGGCAGAGGGGAGGAGGAGACAGCGCUGGAAUGCCCGACCUUGGCCCUGUUGAGUUGCCGGGACACAGGGGAGCUGCAGGCGCUGGCGGAGGACGGCCUGUACAGCCUGGGGCCCGGGUUCGGGCCUGGUGGUGGCCUCCCCCGGGGCCCCAGCUACCCGGACACUCUGGUGCUUGAGGAGGCCUGUGACUACUACCAGAAGCGGAGCCUGGGCCGCAGCCGGCUGACGGUGGAGAGGCUGAAGGGCGAGGCAGCCUUCCGAGCCCCGGCUGUCCUCUGCUCCAUCCUGCGGAGUCGCCUGGGCCUGAGCCCGAGGCUGGGGACCGGGCCCCAGAACCAGGCCAAACUCCUCCGCGCUCUGGCUGGGGAGGUGGAAGACUAUGCCGGCCUGGAGCAGGCCAAGCGGCGGCUGGUGCAGGCGGCCGAGGCCGAGGCGGCAGCCUGCGUGGAGGAGAUAGCCCGGCAGGAGGUGGCGAGGCUGCUGCGGCUCCCGCCUGAGCCCGGGACCCUGCAAGGCCUGCGCUGCCUCAGCGCCUCCUACCCGGCCCAGGCCUGGCGGGCCUUAAGCCGGGCCCUGCGGCUGCCCGAGGCCCAGGCCAGCCCCGAGCAGUGGAAGGCCCUGCUGGGCCCGUCGCCCGAGCAGCCAGCCGCCUUUGAACUGACCUGCGGCCUGAUGCUUCGCUUCCAGCGGGGCUGGCUGUCCGGCUUCGUGGAGCAGGCCCAGCAGCAGGCGGCGGCAGACGGCCGCUGCUACCAGGGGCCGCCGCUCUACAAGCGGGCGCUGUCGGUGCUGCCGCCGACCUGGAAGGGACCCGAACCCGGGGACGAGGUGGAGGCUGAGACGGCGGUGGAGCUGUUGCUGGGCAGCCGGCGGCCCAACGCGGUGCUGCAGGCGGUGAGGCUGCUGCUGGGCCGCGGCCUGUGGAGCCGGGCGGUGGAGGAGGCCCAGCGCUGCUCAUCGGGCGGCGGGCCCCUGCUGAGGAAGGAGCUGUUCGCCGCCCUGCUGGCCGAGCUGGGCCGCCGCCGGGACCUCGACCCUUUCCUGCCUGACAUCUGCCAGCUGUGCCCGGCCGACGCCACCGCCCCCGAGCUGCUGCAGGCCCUGAUGGAUGCCCUGCCACCUGCCGAGGCCCAGGCCCCGGCCCGGCCUUACCCCGGCGCCCGAGGUCGGCCGCUCACCCUCGGCCUCCUGCGGCCCCUCCUCACCCGGGUGCUGGUGCAGGCCGAGGAGAGGGAGAGUGGGGCCCUGGCUGGCGAGCCGCCUGUCUUCCCGCCGCCCGCACCGCCCCGGGAGAAGAAAGCGGCCGGCGAGGCCUGCUGAGGGGCCCAGGGGGGACCCUCUGAGACCGGAGGGCAGGCAGGCCCCCAGGUAAUGCUGUCAACAGGCCGGCAGCCUCAGUGCACAUGGCCACCUGGGUAUGCAGGGUGGGUUGCCAUUGCCCAGAUGUUCGGGGUGAGGGGUUCCAUCGCCCAGAUGCGCACGUUGGUGGGGAGUUGCCAUCGUCCAUUUGUUAGGGGUGGGGGUGGUGGUGGUGGUGGUAUUCCUUCCCUUUGUCCUGAAACCCGUGAGCCCCACAUCAUGCAGAUCUGGACUGGGCACUGAGUUAAUGUAUCCAAAGUAUUAGAGGGGAGAUGAGUUUGGCCAGGGAAUGUUGGGGCUCUGUAACUUGAAAGGCUGGGAGAAGCAGAAAUAACCCCUGUGUGUUCUCCUGCAUUGUGUGGCUGCCUCACCUUCACUGGGUACGCUUGGUACAACGGGAGAUUGGGUUUGGAAGCUGGUGAUUGAAGUGAAAUCAGUGAGUCAUGCAAAUCCUGUCCCAGAUAAGAAAACCGUUCUCUCAAUUUAUGUCAUUCAUUUUGUUGUGUUUUCACUAAGAUUGUAUUUGCGUUGGGAUAAAGCAAGACUGCAACGUUCAAUGUGUCUGACCCACUGCCUGCAGAAACCUCUCCUGGGCCAGUGGUUGAUUGCCCAGCUGUGGGGGACAUACUACUGCCCAUUUUCUCGUGACGUUCUGGCAGCAGGCAAAGUUUGGAGAUCCUAGCUCUCCUCCCCGAUCGAUUGAGAGCUGUCUGGUCGGAUGUUCUGCUGAGCAGAAACAGCAAGAUGGAAUCCUUGGUGAAACCACUGAUUUCGUUGCACCAUGACUGUACAUUCAUUGCGGGAAGAAUUGUCCUCCAGUACUGUGAAGAUAUUCUUUGACUACUGGUUUACUCCCAUGACUGGGGACGUACCUGCUGUACAUGGCUGAUGCAGAAAUGACUGGAAAAAUACCGAACUCAUUUCAGCUCCGUGUCCUUCGUUACCAAGUGAGAGGCGGCCAACGGCAUCGCACGGCUGGGAGCCUGUUGUACUAACAAGUGCACAGCAACAACUUGUGUGACUAAUAUCCAGAGCCUGGUCAAUACUUUUCUGGACUUGUGGGAGAGGGAAACAAGACAAGACGUGGCCGAUUUUAAAUUUUAUUUGUAAAACUCAUCUGAAACUGCCCUGUUUGCUGGAAAAAUGUUAUCAACGGUUCUUGCAACCGCGCCCCCCCCACCCCCC